GCAAUUUUUUUUCUUAGAUUACUGCACACAACUUGAAAUGGAUGAGAUUGCUUUAACUCUGGCAACAUUCAAUCGAAGCCUUAGGUCUUUACAUGCCUGGAAGACUCAUAGCUUAACAACACGUGGACUGAGAGCCCUUGCAUGCAUCCCAACUCUUCAGGAUUUGGAUCUUGGUUGGGCGCUGUGUGGUGUCAUAACCGAAGGUUUGGGAGAGCUUGUACGUGGAUGCAAAAACCUCAAGCGUCUUUAUCUUACGGCUCUAAGGACUCUGACUGAUCAUGAUUUAAACCAGUUGACAAUGCAGUCCUCACAGUUGACACAGUUGGAUAUUAUGGGUACCAGGAACAUCACUCCUGAUGCUGUGUACAGACUGUUGCAAAGUUGCAAGCAUUUGGAACUUUUAGAUGUGAGCUUUUGUGAGCAGAUCCAUGCAUCAUUUAUCCAGCAGUGUUCAACUCAGUUCCCACACGUUGACAUUAAAGGAGGGAUUUUUCAUCAAGUUCGUAUAAUUUGAGGAAAACUUCCUCCAUAAGAUCUGAGGAGCAUAACUUACUGACAGCAAAAUUUUCAGUAAUUACCAUAUGCUUCUUUGUGUUGAGACUACAGUAUUUGUUUUAUAUUUUAAGUAAUAUAAUUUUGACAGUUCUUCAGAACCCUUUCCAGAUUUCAUAUUUAAGAAUAUAUUUAUGGCAAGGGGGUGAGCAUAGAAAAUUCUAGCAAUAUUAUAUUUUUCAAACAUUGUUAUAAAUUGAAAAAAUUCUGGCCCCAGACUUUAAAAGCAGAAGUGGUUGUCUAGUUGCCAAUAAUUACUGAAAUUGUUGUACCAACUGUAUACAACAUACUAAUACUUUAGUUAUAAUUUUAAGGUUACCAUACUACUUCUAUAAUUCUAAUGUACUCUGUUUUUGGGUCUCAUUUUCAAUAAUUGUUGCAGUCAGACAAGUUGAAAGUACUUAAAUCCCCAAUACUAGCUUUAAAAUACUCACAGUACAAAAUAUCCCUUACAAGAAUGAAUGAACACCUAUUGUGGUAUGAAGUAAGGGACUAAUAUCAAACUUUUUGAAAAGUUUUUAUGAAAUUUUAUACGAUUCAUUAUUGUUUUGCUUCUUUCUAAAAUAUCACCAUUUGAUGGUAUUAAAAGAUUGAUAUCUUAGAAUUAGAAUUUGCAGGCUCAAAUCUUAAUGGUUAACAUUUUUUGAAAUGCAUUUUUUUUUUACAUUGUGUGGAUGAAAUAUGACAUUCCUUCACAUUCAGGAUCAUAGGAUUAUGUACAUAAACCCUUGUUUAUGGUAUGGUAUUGUCAAUGUAGGCAAGAUUGCAUUACAAUAUAUUAACAAAUGCCACAUUGUUGAUAUUUUUUGGUAUAAAGUGUUAAUGGAACAGUUUUUCAUAAAGGCCUAUUUUUGUUCCUAGACAACCAUGUAACAGGAUGCCACAGAUGCUAGGAAAUGUAUCUCUAUAGUAAUGCUAUCUUUAUUGUCCAUGUUACAUAUACCUCGUUACCUAUUUUGCAAACCAAGGUCCUAUGUAAUUUUCUAUUAACCAUAUUUCAGAUAUUGAACAUUAUAAUUUCUUUCUAGUCAUUAGAUAAUAAAGUGAUAACAUGUU